GAGCUAAAAAUUGAAGAUAGACGAGAACUUCCUCUAGUUCGAAAUUUCAGAUUUUUCCUCGAUCGAUUAUUCUCUCUGCCAGAAUUUUCCGGGAAAAUUACAAUUUUCUCGGAGACUUUUUGAUCAUGAACUGUGUCUCUACAUUCAAGUUUACUCCAUCCAUCGUUCUAAUUCCCUGUGCACAAUCAUCAAAUCCUGCGAAAUUUCUUCACAUUUCGAGCUCAAAACCCUCGUUUUCUCCCAGAUGGCGUAAUUACGCUUCUUCUUCUUCUUCCCCAAUUCGAAGGAAAACCCUAACCCUAGUUUCUUCGAAAUCAUCGGAAGCGGAGGAGGUGUCGGAUACGGAGGAGGACGAGUGGCUGGAGAAGCUACCGGAGAAGAACAAGCCACUGUAUUCGCAUAGCUUGCCUUGUAUCGAGGCGUGGCUGAGGAAAUUAGGGUUUUACCAAAGUAAAGACGAUAGAGCUGUUUGGUUGAUUCAGAAACCUGAUUGGCACGCCCAAUUAUCUCUCGAUGUCACAGAUCUCUGCAUCAGGUACUUGAAAAGCGGACCGGGAAGUCUAGAGAGAGACAUGGAAAGAAGGUUUAGCUAUGCAUUGAGCAGAGAAGAUACCGAGAAUGCCAUACUUGGAGGACCUUGAAUAACCAAGAGUUUGUUGAACAUCUUUGUUGAUAACACACUGUACUUAUGCUAUUCCGUUUUCCAUUUUAUGAUGCGUCUGCUUCUUUGAUCCAAAACAAAAACCAAAAAAAGAAAGCAAAAAUUUAGUUUAAGGUUCUUUAGCAGGUACCAGUAAAAUUCUCGAAGUCUUGAAAUGUGAAUGUAAAAAUUUAUAUGCUCAUAAAGAUUUAGCUAUGAA